GUAUGUUCUACUAUUAUCUUCGUCUCCAAGUCUCCAUUAAUUCCUCUUUAGCCUCCUUCUCACGCUUCUCUCGUUACUCAUCAUUUUCUCUGCUUUAACCAUACUACUAGGGGAGUACUAUUUAACAUUUUCUUCUAAUCUCUAUGAUCUACGUACCAUUUUGUUUAACUUAUUUGCUUUAAAAGUUCCACUUGCAAUGGCGAUUGAGCUGUGUUCAUCUGACGAGUCUAGUGUGGGCAUAAUGAGUCCAGCUCGGAUCUCCUUUUCUCAUGAUGUUUCACAAACAGGCUCUGUUCCUAUUGAACAAUAUAUUCGAUCAACUUCACCUUCCUCCAGCAUUGAUUUUGAUUUUUGUGUAUUUCGUGAGAGCUUAGAUCUAGAAUCUUCUUCUGCUGAUGAGCUUUUCUUUGACGGAAAGAUUCUUCCAAUUGAAAUCAAGAGAAGAAUUUCCUCUAUUCCGCCUAGAAAAACAGAGCAGCAACAACAAUUACCACCGCCACAUCCUCUGCCUCCGUGUAAUACUAGUGGCAAAACGUCGAAUAAUGAAUAUGCAAUCCAAAAUAACAAAACAGGGGUUCUCGAAUCAUCGGAUGAGAAACAGAAUCCCAAUUCCAAGUCGUUUUGGAGAUUCAAAAGAAGUAGUAGUUGUGGGAGCGGGUAUGCAAGAACUUUAUGUCCAUUGCCACUUUUAUCUAGAAGCAAUUCAACUGGUUCAUCUCCAAGUGUGAAGCGCAAUUCAACAUUAUCAAAGGAUAAUUUAAAGCAUCAUUCUCAAAGACACUUAUCAAAAUCAAUGUCUUCUAAUGGUUCAAACAGUCAAAAACCUCCAUUGAAGAAGGCACCAUACAACAAUGGAGUCAAAUUCAGUCCAGUACUAAAUGUUCCUCCAGCAAAUUUGUUUGGAUUAAGCACUUUUUUUUCAAGUGGCAAGGAAAAGAACAAGAAGAAGUAAUUAAUUAAUAAAUAAGUAGCAUUUGCUUUAUUAGUUUCCAAAAUUAGUAAGGUGUGAUUAAGUUAUUUUUGCUCACUUUUUCCAUUAACAUGAUUGAGAUUUGAGAAGAAAAAGUGAAGAAAAAAGAUAACUGGGGCCAAAAGCAUGGAGCAUAAUUCAUUCCAUGCCACAUGCUUUUUUUUAAAGAAGAAACAGGUAACAUUUGCUAUCAGAUGGCAGAGAGGAGAGGGCCUGUCCCAUUAUGCUUUUAUUUGUUUUUGUGUUUUGAUUUGCCUUACACAUGUAUGUAACUAUAUGUGAUUUCAAUUU